UAGCGAGGAGACGCGCCGACGCCGGAGGAGGGCGGGGGGCAGCCCCGGCGGCCGGCGUGGAGAGCCUCUCCGGGAGCCGCGCCGAUCGCCCGCCGGCCGCAGCUUGCCGGAGCCCAGGCGGGCCCGGCGCCCAGGGGAGCCGAGGGCGAUGUCGGCGCGGCCGCCGCUGGCCGAGAAGGCGCUGUCCGAGGCUUACGGCCGCCUGCGCUACCGGGACGCCUCGCUGCUCAUCUGGCAGCAGCAGCAGCGGCAGCUGGAGACCCGCCCGCCCGCCACCUACCUGAGCCGCAGCCGCAGCGCCUGGUACGCGCAGUACGGCAACCAGGCCAUCCUGGUGCGGGACCGGAGCAAGCUGGAGGGCGCCCGCGACACCGGCCAGUCCCGCUUCUGCGCCCUCAUGUGACUGAGCCGCCUGCCCGGAACGCGGCCCCUGCAGCCUCGGCUUAGCGCUCAGGCGGGAAAGGUCCCGUCCCUGGCCCCAAGGAAGCCCCUGGCAGGCAGUCGUCUGGAAGACUCUUCAUGCCUUUGGCCCCUGCUUCAAGUGGCCGGCAGUUCCUCCUGACCUGCCUCUUGCAGUCUUUAGAGGGGGCGGGGUCUGCUCUCCCGAUGGACCAAGGCUUGGGUGACCUGAGGGCAGGCCGGCUGCUGGAAGGAAGGAGGGGAGCCCAGUGGGGCGGGGGCUCAGGUUCCUCCCCUAGUUGCCAAGCGAAGAGCUUUCCAGAAAAUUGGGCGGGAGGGGGGAGAAAAGGAGGCUGGGGCACAGGCAGGAAGAGACCACCCUUCCCCAUUCCCUAGAGGCCCUUUCCUAUAUCCCUAAUGUGCUGGCUGAGACUGAUGGGAAUUGUAAUCCACCCAGAUUGGGUGAGGCAGAGAUGGAAAUUUAGCCCCCCUUCCUGCGAGCUCAGAGUUGGGGAAGGCUGAACUCACACAGGAGUUUCCUCUUGGACCACUGGACCCAGUCCUCGACUACAAAGCCAUGGCCUGAAGUUUGUUUUGAUCCCAGGGCAAGUUGGGGGGGGGGUUCUUCUUGGGGGACAUUCAGAUUCCAUGCCUCCUCCGGCUUCCUUCACUGGUUGGAGGUACUCCAGGGCCGCCUCCCCCAGCUUCUUUCUGGGGUCCAGCAUGGCGUUGACUCCCGCAGGCUCUGAGGGAAGCCUGCCCUCUUGGCUGCUGGUGUGGGUGUUGCACUGUGGCCCCCUCCCCCUUGUGCUUCUUGAAGGCUGGGCUGGCUUCUCUGCUGGGGGGGUGGACAAUUGGAGGGUAUGGGCAGAACCCACUUGCUGAAAUCUGGCAGGAGGUUGGGGGCCUGUUCACCCCAAGGCCUGCCAGGAUUCCUCCAAGUAGCAACAUCUCCACAUUCUUGGCUUUGGCCGUAACUUGCUGCGUUGUCCAAGCCCUGGAUUGCUGCUGGUCCAAAUCUCUAGCAGACUUUUGCCUAGCUCAGGCCUUCGCAGGCACGGGACAAAGAAGCCAGCUGGGCUUAGCCACCUGCUGUGCUUGUAUCAACCAGCUGGGAGAGGCUUGCAGAGAAAAGGAGACACUUGACCUGGAGCUGUCUAUCCCAAGAAUGAAGGCAAGCUUAACGCAUUGUAAGCCGCCCUGAGUCUCCGGAGAAGGGCGGCAUAUAAAUCAAAUUUAAAAAAAAAAAAAGUGGCACCAGGAGGCCAAACUCUGUUCCAGGUAACGUGGUUGGCUGGGCUGUCCAUGAGCCCCUUUGAGGGCCAUUUCCAUGUACUGGGCUUCCCGGAUGCAUCCUUGACCCUGGCGCAGAGAGUUAUGAUGCUCGGGGAAACGGCCUCUGAACUCUACAGCUCUGCGCAUCUGAUGGGAGAACCAAGUUUGAAUCCCUCCAGUUCUGGGAAGCAGCUUUCUUUGGCCAACCUGAGCAGCUGUUCUUCGUGCGUAUUUUACCUUGGGUGAACAGUGGUCAGUCUGGCCCUUUCACAUUCAUUCUGAUGCCCCAAAUGUGAUGCCAGUGAGGACCCAGAAGAAACAAAUUUUAAAGGUGCACCGGACAAUGUUCAGUUUGUUUCCUUUUAAAUUGCAUCAGUCAAUAAAGAAUAACUCGGCACACA